AUGCCUGCUUCUGGAAUCUUCGCCUUCUUAUUAUUUUUCAUGUUUUUCUUAUUAGGAAUCAGCAGCCAGUUCGGGCUGACUCAGAAUUUUAUCACCACACUUACUGAUCAAUUUACGGCUCUACAAAAAUGGAAAGGGCUUGUUGUCGUCGGGUUCUGUCUGUUCUCACUGCUGGCUGGACUGAUCAUGUGUUGGCAGUCCGGCUUCUACUGGUUUCACCUCUUCUUCAACUCGAUCGGUGGAACUGCGGUGCUGAGCCUUUGCUUCCUGGAAGUUUUCUUCAUUGUAUUCGUAUGGCAUACGAAAGCUGCGACGUGA